CGAUUUUAAGCCGCCGCCGAUAUUUUUAGUGUCUGCCGCCGCCGUCGUUAAUAUUUGUCAGCGCAGGGCUCUGAUAUACGAGCGUUUGUAUUCCAAACGUUGGAAUAUUUCGCAUGUUUUCUUGAUUUUAUAUUGGUUUUCUUCGCUGUUAAAAAGUACUCACACACCAUAACCCGAAAAUAAAUCCGCAAAUUUGCAAGACAUCCUCAGACUUAUAUAAAUUUUAAAAACAACACCCAAUUAUGGAUAUCUCUGGAAACAAUCGUUAUGAGUUAUUGUUCAUGGAUGAUGAAUCGGCAGCUUUACCGGCACAGAACGAACCUGGUGUUUCUAAAAAGAAGCAGCCAAGCACUGCAGGUCAGCCAGCUAAAAAGUUGCCGGCGACUAGUGCAAAAAAAAAUGUUGAGAAAGAGAACAAAUCUGGUGCUCUGAAUAAAAAUGAUGCCGUUAAUAAGAAGUCUGCCGGUCAAGGUAAACCCAAAAUUGGAGCUCCUGGAAGCGAUAGAAGUCGCACGUUUGACGGGGAAUCACGCAGAGUAGCCUUCAAGUCGCAAAAUAAUGAAGUUCGUGAACAAAGAAAUAAUCGUCGAAACUUCAGAGAAGGAGUCGAAUUUGGUAAUGAACAGCGAGAGCCACGCCAAUUUAGAGAUCGCGACAAUAGAGGUCCCCCACGUAGUCGUGAAGGAGGAUUCCGUGGUGGAAAACGCGAGUUUGAUCGCCAGUCCGGUUCCGAUAAGACAGGUGUUAAAGCUAUUGACAAACGUGAUGGUGCUGGUGCUCAUAACUGGGGAUCUGUUAAACAAGAAAUCGAUGAUAUUAAUAAAUCAACGACUGAUGCUGAUGUUACUUUGACAGACAAGGAAGAAUCGUCUAAUGAACAAACUCCAGAACAACCUCCUGUACCAGAAGAAGAAGAAGUAAAAGAACUAACACUCGAUGAAUGGAAGGCAUUACGAGGUGAACGCUCGAAACCCCAAUAUAAUAUUCGUAAGCCAAAUGAAGGUGAGGAUACCUCCCAGUGGAAGAAAAUGGUUGUGCUAAACAAAAAGAAGGACGGUGACAGCGAAGAAGAAUAUGAGUAUGAUCCGUCUAUGUAUCCUCAACGUGUUGGACGCUUGCAACGUAUAGUCGACAUUCAAUUCAAUUUCAACGAUGGUCGUCGUGGUGGUGGAGGCUUUGGCAGAGGCCGUGGUCGCGGUCCUCGCCCUGGUGGUGAUAAUAAAGGACCACGCCCCGAUGGCGACAGACAGCCUAGACAACAGCGUAACUUUGGGGAAAGACAACAGAAGCGCUCUACUCCAAAUGCUCUAAAAGUUGACGAUGAACGUCAAUUUCCUACUUUGAGUUAAACAUUCAACAACUUAAAAAUUUCUUCUUGCUGGCAAAUAAAUAAAUACAAGUCAGCUUGUAAACAUUAGAUGAUAUAAAUAUAGCAUUUUAAUUGCACACUAUCGUCCUCCUCAUUGCCACGUCUUCAUUAUUACUACUACAAAACAAGUAACAAAAUUCCCUCAUUUAAUUAAACAUUUUAUUUCUUUCUUUUUUACUCAUACUAACAUACUAACAUAUACGUAAAUAUAUGGAGGUCUAAAUGAUGAUUAAGAGGAAACAACAAUUGUUAAUUUUAAUGGUUAUUGUUUAUUAUAUAAUAAUACAUAUAUUUUUUUUUUUCAAAUAAAAAUGAAAUUAGUUGUAAUCAAAAUUGAAUUAAGUUCAAUUUAUAUUGGAAUAAGAUAGAAUGAGUGCCUAAUCGAAACAUGAAUGUAUACUUAUAAAAACAGCAUUUGCCAGCAUCCAAAGAAUCUACGUAUGACGGCGCAACAAAUCUCCAAUAUUGUGUCCUUAUAAUUUGAAUAAAGAGGAUGGACACAAGAAGGAUUGAUAUAUUAAUUUCACAAUAUACAUGGUUUUGAUUAUAGCAACUUAAGUUUUAAGCAAGGAAACAAUAAAUUGUUUAUUUUUAAUGAAGUUUUACUUACUAUACAAUACUUUUAUUGAUAUAUAUGUAUAUUGGAUAAAAAACGAAACUUCUGUUUUACCUUUAAUUACAAAUCUUUUGGAAAAUAAUAGAGGCCCUUUUGUAGAAUUGUCUCUACUUCAUUUUAUAAUUAUAAAUAAAAACACAACUAUUUGAAAUAGUUCAAAACAUAUACAUA